AAAAUCUCCCUCUCGCAAUGGGCCAUCUGCCUACCUGAGGUGGCCAUGAGCUGUUCUUCAGCACCACGCGACACACCUUCCUCAGCCGACGGAAGAAAGGAGGAAAGGAGGAACGGAGGACAUCACUUUAUCUAAUCACUUCAUAAUUAUUGGUGAAAAACUGAUGCGUUUGCUGAAUUUCGAACUAUGCAAACUCGUAAAGAGGGACUAAUACCAUUUUUCAACCCCUCAGAGUUAAAACUACUACAGAUUUAAGAUGUCGGAAUCUUUAUUGAAAUGUAUUUUGUAUACACUUGCGUUCAUUUUAGCGUUUGCACUUUUGGGAAUAAGAACAGAUGCUGCAUCUGAGGAAGGACCUAUUCUUCCUGACGGACAGGAUCUUUAUUUCAAAACAGUUGGCAUUUCACCCAUUCUAUCGGAUCCUCAAAGCAUAGUUCAUUCACAUGUCCUCAAGGUUUCACACAAGGACCAUGGAGCUAUCCACCGGCAGAAGCGCGACGUCCUUUUCCCCAGCGGGGUCAAACUCUGCGGGCAGGAGAGUGUGCAACAAGCCAUCGCAAAUCACCUCAGCUACUUUCACCUGCGAGUGUGUCAGGAGACAGUGUGGGAGGCCUUCAAGAUCUUCUGGGACCGCCUCCCGAACCAGGAAGAGUACCAGACCUGGAUGAGUCAAUGCCUGGAUGGCACGACCACCGCUCUGGAGAUGGGCAACAACUUCAGCCAAUCAGAGGAGCACCUGGCCCUGGUUGAGAGUAGAAUGUCACUGACAGGGUUAAAAAGUGAGGCCACCAACUCAUGGCUUCAUAUGUGCAGCACCCAGACUACAGACAGGGAACAGGAGGCUCAAGGAGAGGCCAUCAGUGAGGUCAUCAUAGAGGAGCCAGAGGCUGCAGUGGUGGAGCCUUCCACAGAACCCACAAAUGACAUAGAGAUGGAGGGGUUGGCGCGGGUCCAGCUGGAGCAGGUGGUGGAGCUGAGUAUCCUGCUGAAGGGAGAGGGGUACAGCGAUGCUCUCAGAGACCCUGCCAGCCUCCAGUACCAGACACUCAACCAGCAGUUCACUGACAAGAUAAAGGAUGCUCUGGGGGGACUGCCAGGCUUUAAGAGUGUGGCUGUGCUGGAGUUCAGGCUUCAGAAGGAUGCCCAAGGGUUGGAUGGUGUGGUGGUGGUCUAUGCGGUGACAGUAGAGGUGGAAGAGGAGGGGGUGAGCAGUGACCAGCUGGACUACCUGACCCUGCAGUCCAAUCUGGUGGAGAACUCCUACAGAGAGGUGGAGGAGAGGAACUACAUCACUGAGGCCCAGCACAAGGACAACAUCAUCAGUGAUACAACCCUGGCCCUGGACCCUGACUCACUGCAACUAGACACUGUGUCCAGUGUUACUGAGUCCUUUGAGCCCACUGCUGGAAUACCCGAGGAUUACACCAACGGCAGUGUGGAGGACAUUUUGGCUGCUGAGAUGACCCCAGAUGCCCCCGAGGUUGAAGCUGAGGAUGUAGCAACGGGGGAGAAUGAUGUCAUUGUUCAGGAGGACAGCGUGAUCCUCCCCGCUGAGCCUGAGGUGACCAUCGAUGACACAAGCAUUGAGGAGGAGGUUAUGCUGUUGGAGAACACUGUGUCUACAGAGAGCCCUCUGCUGGAGGACCUCCCUACAGACCCUACCUCCCCUGAGCAGCCAGAGGGCGCUACGCUCCCCGAGCCUCCUCUGGAGAUAGAGGCCCCUGGUUCAGGUGUUAGCGUACUGGAGGACUUGCCCUUCCAGCCUGAAGAAGAGGAAGAAGAGGCCAUAGAAGAAGAGCCAGCCCCAGCUCCAGAAGAGGAACUGACCAUAAAAGAAGAGGUAGUUCCAGAAGAGGUAAUCAUAGAGGAAGAUAUCCAAACAGAGGAAGCUGAAGCGGAGGUCUCUGAGGAAGAUGAGGUAAAGGAGGAAACAGUGGAGGUCCCUGACACAGCAGAGGUUCUAGAAGAGGAAGCUGGACCCUCUGAAGACCUGGAGUACUCCAUCAUAGAGACAGAGACCAUUGAAGAGGAAGAGGCCCCUGCCUUCGUCCCUGUGGAGACGAUGGAAGCUCCCGAGCCAGCGAAGGACCUCAUUGUCCCCGAGAAUCCCCCUGCCAUCGAGACUCUGCCCCCAGAUGAGCCUGAAGAGGAGACUAAUGUGGUGCUGGCUUAUCCAGAAAUACCUGAAUAUGGAGAGGAAGUUGAGAGCUUAGAGGAGGGACCAAUCAUCGAGGAGCCAGUAACUAAAGAGGAUGUUGUGGAGGUGGAGGAAGAGGUGGCAGAAGAAGUGGUCGUUGAAGUUCCGGACAUUUCUGAGAUCUCGGAGGAGGACUUGGUAGAAGACAAGAUCUUAUUGGUCGAUGAGGCUUCUCCGGAGGCCACCCACCCCACCCCUCUCUCUGCGGAGAAAGAGUCACCCUUCACCCGAGUCUCUGAUGUCAUAGUAGAGGAGGAGGAGGUUACAGUGGCCACAGCCCUGGACACAGCCCCAGAACCAGAGGCAGAACAAGAGGACCAGGGUGUCACCCCAGCUCUCAUACCCGCCGAGUACCACCCUGGUCCAGACAUUUCCAUCACUCUGGAGCUGCAGACGAUAGACCCUGUGACAGACUAUGACCUGGUCCACUUCGGCGGGACAAAUCAAACAGAGGAGGGGAGCAGUGGGUACCCUUCUGGAGUGGUACAUGGUACGGACCACAGCAUUGCCAUGCCAAUCAACCCUGGGCGGGCUCUGAUGGUGUUCUUCAGUCUGAGGGUCACCAACAUGAUGUUCUCAGAUGACCUCUUCAAUAAGAGCUCCGCGGAAUACAAGGCCCUGGAACAAAGGUUCCUAGAGCUGCUGGUCCCCUACCUCCAGUCCAACCUUACUAACUUCCAGAAUCUGGAGAUCCUGAACUUCCGGAAUGGGAGUAUCGUGGUCAACAGCCGGAUGAAAUUCGGGAGGCCGAUGCCUCGCGGCGUCAACAAUGCAGUCUACUUGAUCCUGGAAGACUUCGCUAACACAGCCUACCAAACUAUGAACCUGGCCAUUGACAAGUACUCACUGGACGUAGAGUCAGGUGACCAGGCGAACCCGUGUAAGUUCCAGGCGUGUAAUGAGUUUGCCCAGUGUUCUGUGAACCGCUGGUCUGGCGAGGCGGAGUGUGUUUGUAAUGCUGGCUACUUCAGCGUGGAAGGUCUGCCCUGUCAGAGCAUCUGUGAAUUGCAGACAGACUUCUGUAUGAAUGACGGGAAGUGUGACAUCAUACCUGGACAGGGGGCCAUCUGCAGAUGUCGUGUAGGGGAGAACUGGUGGUACCGUGGAGAACACUGUGAGGAGUAUGUGUCAGAACCUCUGGUGGUCGGCAUAGCGAUUGCCUCCGUAGCAGGUUUCCUAUUGGUUGCAUCUGGUGUGAUCUUCUUCCUGGCGAGGACACUACGGGAUCAGUACGAUAAGGAUGAGGCAGAGGACCCAAUACGGCGAGGGGAGAGUAUCCCGUCUCUAGAGAGGGCCACUAAGUACAACCCCAUGUAUGAGAGUGAGGCCACGACGGGCUACAGCCACUACUACCGCCGCUACCCAGAGGCCCCGGUCUACAGCAGCGCCAGCGCCGAGGCCUCCACAGACUUCAGCAGUGAGGAGAUACGCCACAUCUACGAGAACAGCGAACUGACCAAGGAGGAAAUCCAGGACAGGUUACGCAUCAUCGAGCUCUAUGCGAAGGACCGGCAGUUUGCAGAUUUUCUGCGGCAGCAUCAAACUGCCCUGGAUACACGCAGAGAGAGCACGUCCACGUAGACCUGUAUGGGACACUCAGCUGUAUGCUGAGCAACAUGGUAGCCUGUCCUUAACUUGUGAGCAUAGGAGAGUCUUUGCUCUUGCCCCGUCCUGCUUUUCCUCCUUUGUCAGUGCCUUCUCUCGAUUGGGUGAGCUCUGCUGGAAUGGGUGUGGUGGCUGUGGGCAUAUCUGCUGCUCAUUGGAUGUCUUCCUUUGGGGGAAGACCCGCCUCCCUCCAUCUAGAAUCGUAUUCGUUACUUGAAAUGAUGACAAACAAAAUGCAAUGCUCUCUAGGAUACCUGUUCUUUAGGUAGCACAUAAUACAUGAUAGAGUAUUACAUUUGCAUGUAAUGUCAUAUCUCACCCAGUUGUUGUUGACAGAAGAAUGUAGCACUGUGAAUGUGUAAGUAUUUAUCCCAUUGGAAUGUUGGAUAGGUACUGUAAGGUGUGAUUCUCACUGUAUCUGCUAAUGGUUAAAGAACUGUAUGAACUAGAGCCUUUUCUUAGAGGGAUGGUCUAUACCAGGGGUACACAACUCAGGCCUUCAGGCAACUCUGGCCCUCUGGCAACUCUGGCCCUCUGGCAACUCUGGCCCUCUGGCAACUCUGGCCCUCUGGCAACUCUGGCCCUCUGGCAACUCUGGCCCUCUGGCAACUCAGGGCUUCAGGUAACUCAGGCCUUCAGGUAACUCAGUCCUUCUGCAGGGACUAAAAGCAGCAGAUAUUAUUGCCCUCUGGACCAGAGCUGUGUGCUCUUGUUCUAUACCCAGCUGUAGGUUGUGGGAGAUUGAGCGCAGUUGACUGGCCAGUGUCUAUGCUGUUCUUGGUGCAAUGGGAUCUCUGUUGUCUGAGUUUCUUGCUAGUAGUAAGCCUAGAUAGUGUUCUCCUGAAGUUGGAAGCUAGUUGGAUGGACUCUGUGGGCGAAUCUUAAAUCUCAGCCCUCUAUGGCUCUUGUGAAAGUAGUGCACUAUAUAAGGUAGUGCACUAUAUGGGUGUACUUUGACAUUUUAGGAAAAGUGGUCAAAUGGAGGGUGAAUCUUCCAUUUUUGUUCAGCUGCAAUAAAUUCCCCUCUUCUUUCCCUCCUUCUCUAUCCCUCCCUCUCGCACUCUCUCACUCUACAUCAGGAAGCAGUUGGAGUUUGUUUUCUGUAGGGAUAAAAAGUAUUAUGAGAGAGUGGGAGAGAUUUUGCUGAAGGACCAAAAUAUAAUUGAAAACACAUUUAGAAUGGAAACAAUCUUCAAGGGGAAAGAAAGCAAACCCAGGAUUUGAUCAGGCAGUCUGUUUUCAGAUAAAAUGCGUUAGAAAACAUUCAAAAAAUGAUAUAAAAUGUACAUGGGUAAACAACAUGUGCUCUGUGGAUAAGCAAACUCUUAGCAGCAGCUUUUACUAAAAAAAUAAUUCACCAGAAACUUCAAAAUAGUCCAUUCUGUAACCACUAGUUUGGACACCAUCCUUGCUUUACCCUGUAAGUAUUUCACAUAAAGAGGAAUGGUUUCCAGUGAAUCCUCAAAGUUGCAGCUCUUCAUGCUGUAGUUUAACUUUUUCACAUUUGUUUUAACUGUGAAUAGUCAUAGGAGGUCACAAGAAAACACGGGUCGAAUCUCAAAUGGUAACAUAUUCCAUAUAGUGCACUACUUGCCUAAAGUAGUGAACUAUAUAGGGUAAAAUGUGCCAUUUGAGACAUAGCCACAGACAUAUAAGAUAUUUCCUGUUUUAGGUUCAUGUUUACAUUUCAUGAUAUCCUGUCCUUUUCUCUCAGUCCUCUGUAUGGCUCCACACAAGCGAGAACACAGGUUACUGUGGUAAAGCACAAGCUUACCUUUCACUUAUGAAAUCGUCAUGCCUUUGCAAUCUGUGUGUUAAUUUUUAUAUACAUUUUCUUGUGUGCAUAAACUGGUUUUUAUCAACAUUCUCUUCCUCCAUCGGGACACAUAGCCAAUGGGAUGGAUCCAGAAUGCUGUGAUAUAAAUACUAUCUGAGAGUUGUGGUAUGCUCUUUACACUAGAAUGUCAACUGAAUGUGUUUGAAAUGUUGACAUGUUUUGUUGUACACAAUGUUCGUUUUUGUUUUUUGUUUUUACAUAAGCAGUGGUUUAAUAUUUUUACAAUAAUACAUUACUACUUACAGUUAUGUCAAUGUUUAUUUAAAAAACAUUAAUAAUAAA